AUGGAUGACCUAGAGCAGAACAUUAUUGAAUACAAGCCGGAUGUUAUAGCUUUAACGGAAGUAAAACCCAAGCACUGCAAGACAAAAUUAGAAGAAAAGGACUUGGUAUUAGAUGGUUAUCACCCGCCAUACCACAAUCUGGAAGCAGAAGGUAGAGGAGUCUGUAUAUACGUUUCGAAACAGUUCAAGGUGGAGGCUUUUAACAUGGGUAGCGAAAGUGUGCAAGAAGUGAAAGAAUCAGUAUGGGUCAGUGUUAAAGUUGAGGGAAAUAAGUCUAUUGUGAUCGGAUGUGUAUACCGCUCUCCCUCAAGUGAGAGCGAGAACAAUAGGAUCUUGGAAUGCCUACUUCGCAGAGUGUCAGAUAUGAACAUACGUAACUUGAUCAUAAUGGGUGAUUUUAACUAUCCCUAUAUAGACUGGGACAAUCAUACUACUUCUGACAAUGACAAUUCGGAUAGUGAUCAAUUUAUUGAAUGUCUUAGAGAUUGCUUUUUCCACCAGCACGUUAAAGAACCUACCAUAUACAGGGGCAAUCAAAGACCUUCCCUCCUAGAUUUAAUAUUCACAAAUGAAGAAAAUGUGAUAAAAGACCUCCACUAUCGAGCGCCACUUGGGAAUAGCGACCACUGUACACUGACCUUUGAAUACACAUGUAAGACAGAGAUUGUGAACAGUAAAACCAAAAAGUACAGGUAUGACAAAAGGGACUACAGUGGAAUGCGUGAAUCACUGUCAAGCAUUGACUGGAAUAAAGAGAUGGAGUGUAAGAGCACACAGGAAGCGUGGAAUGUAUUCAGUGAUUUGUUAGACAGUGCAAUGGAGGAUCACAUACCAACCCACACUAUUGGCAACAAACCCAAAAAGAAACGCCAGUCAUACAUGGACAAGCAAGGCAUGAGGCUACUAAAAACAAAACAGAGGGUAUGGCAAAUAUACAAAGAGACAGAGGACGACCAGGACUAUCAGAGAUACUGUACUGCUAGAAACAAGCUACGAUCCUAUACCAGAUGUGCAAGACAAAACUUUGAGGAAUCGCUGGCAAGUGAGAUAAAGACCAACCCUAAAGCCUUCUGGAAGUACACAAACACAAAGUUAACAGUAAAAAGUGGAGUGAGUGACUUGAAAGACAGUGAGGGUAACACGCAUAAUGAAGAUGGAGACAAAUCAGGACUAUUAAACAGUUUCUCCUGUAGUGUGUUCACAGACGAGGACAUAUCAACUGUACCAGUUUUGAAUGACAGGCCGAGUGACAGUGAGUUACGAGAUAUAGACAUUACAGAAGAGACCAUUCUAAAGCAGCUAUUGAGUCUAAAGAUCAAUAAAUCAUCAGGCCCUGAUGGUUUUCACCCUAGAGUGUUGAAAGAAAUUGCACAGAUCAUCACAUCACCUCUAAUGAUCAUCUUCGAGAAAUCCCUGGAGUCCGGAGAUCUGCAAGCCAAUGGAAACAAGGCCAAGUGA